AUGAUCCAGAUCCAGCACCCGAAGAAGAUCACAGAGUAUCUAGGAUUGGUGAAUUUGUGGAUAGAGAAUUUAAAAGUUCACUUAAGGAAACUCAAUGUGCUUCAAGGGAACACUGAAGGCCUGGAUCUGCAGACUUAUUCUCGCUGUGAAGAAUGCCAAAGAGGUUUCAAUGUAAUUAGGCUACUGCGGGGAUCAGCUGUAGCGGUGGUUCUAGCACCCACUGUCUUAUUGACAAUGCUUUCUUCUGCUGAACGAGGAUGUCCUAAGGGUUGUAGAUGCGAAGGCAAAAUGGUAUACUGUGAGUCUCAGAAACUGCAGGAGAUACCCUCCAGUAUAUCUGCCGGUUGCUUGGGCUUAUCCCUUCGCUACAACAGCCUCCAAAAACUUAAGUAUAAUCAAUUUAAAGGGCUUAAUCAGCUCACCUGGCUGUACCUUGACCAUAACCAUAUCAGCAAUAUUGACGAGAAUGCUUUCAAUGGGAUACGCAGACUCAAAGAGUUGAUUCUGAGUUCCAACCGAAUCUCCUAUUUCCUUAACAACACCUUCAGACCUGUGACCAAUUUACGGAACUUGGAUCUGUCCUAUAACCAGCUCCAUUCUCUGGGAUCUGAACAGUUCCGGGGCUUGAGGAAGCUGCUCAGCUUACACCUCCGCUCCAACUCACUGAGAACCAUCCCAGUGCGGAUCUUCCAAGACUGUCGCAACCUGGAGCUUCUGGACCUGGGAUACAACAGGAUCCGAAGUUUAGCCAGGAAUGUCUUUGCUGGCAUGAUCAGACUCAAAGAGCUUCAUUUGGAGCACAAUCAAUUUUCCAAGCUCAACCUGGCCCUUUUCCCAAGGUUGGUGAGCCUUCAGAACUUGUACAUGCAGUGGAAUAAAAUCAGUGUCAUAGGACAAACCAUGUCCUGGACGUGGAGUUCCUUACAGAGGCUCGACCUGUCUGGUAAUGAGAUCGAAGCCUUCAGUGGACCCAGUGUCUUCCAGUGUGUCCCCAAUCUGCAACGCCUCAACCUGGAUUCCAACAAGCUCACAUUUAUUGGUCAAGAGAUUCUGGAUUCUUGGAUCUCUCUCAAUGACAUCAGUCUUGCUGGGAAUAUAUGGGAAUGCAGCAGGAACAUCUGUUCCCUGGUAAACUGGCUGAAAAGUUUUAAAGGUCUGAGAGAGAAUACAAUUAUCUGCGCCAGUCCCAAAGAGCUGCAGGGGGUAAACGUGAUCGACGCAGUGAAGAACUACAGCAUCUGUGGCAAGAGCACCACCACGGAGAGGUUUGACCUGGCCAGGGCCCUCCCCAAGCCCACAUUUAAGCCCAAGCUUCCCAGGCCAAAGCACGAGAGCAAGCCUCCGCUGCCCCCCACGGUGGGAGCUACCGAGCCCAGCCCAGAGACGGAUGUGGACACGGAGCACAUCUCCUUCCAUAAGAUCAUCGCGGGCAGCGUGGCCCUUUUCCUGUCGGUGCUGGUCAUCCUCUUGGUGAUGUACGUGUCCUGGAAGCGCUACCCCGCGAGCAUGAAGCAGCUGCAGCAGCGCUCCCUCAUGCGAAGGCACCGGAAGAAGAAACGGCAAUCGCUCAAGCAAAUGACCCCAGGCACCCAGGAAUUUUAUGUAGAUUAUAAACCCACCAACACCGAAACCAGCGAGAUGCUGCUGAACGGAACCGGACCCUGCACCUAUAGCAAAUCAGGCUCCAGGGAAUGUGAGAUACCUUUAUCAAUGAAUGUGUCAACCUUUCUGGCAUACGACCAGCCCACAAUAAGUUACUGUGGGGUCCAUCAUGAACUCCUCUCCCAUAAGUCCUUUGAAACGAAUGCACAGGAAGACACGAUGGAAAGCCACUUAGAGACUGAGCUGGACUUGAGCACAAUCACGUCAGCCGGCCGCAUCAGCGACCAUAAACCACAGCUGGCCUGA